CCAGUCGAAGGGUUGAUUCCGCGAGUAGCGGGACGAAUCAAUCAGCGGACGGUACAUGGAACUUUACUCGUGGCGAGGGUUACGCUGAUCUGGCUAGUGAGGAAGCGGUCCUGCUGCAAGGUUAGUAUCGUACCGUUCGAGGACAAUAUCAUCCUGUUCGUUGAGCGUUUCUUUGCGAAAUGUGGAAUACAAAAAGGUGGCGUGACCUCGGGGAAUUUCGCGGGAAGGAAAGAAUGCGUCGGCGGAUUUAUAGUUUGUCCAGGCUCGCCAGGAUGGUGGGUAGCGUGCCCAGCGGAUGGAUGAGGAAAAUUCUCCUCUUCCUAGUCCUGCUGACUGGGGUCCUUCUCAUCGCCAUGUACGCACACGCUCCGCCGCUUGUUUCACUUCAACCCUUCUCGUCGCGACGACUGAAGGAGUUGCAACGAGGCUUGGUUACUUUCCUGGUCGGUAAUGAAAGCACGAAGAGACCGGAGGAACGGCUCUACGAGUAUCUGGAAGAGCCUAGGACGUUUCAGAGCCCGUGGUCCUGGGCGUGCGUAUCUGGCCGCUGCGAGAGGAGAGCAGUGAGAUCCUCGCGCACCUCUCUGGCAAGCUGCAUCGCUCUUUGCGGCGGAAACAGUCGACUGCUUUGGCCCAGACCUACGGGAAACGUUCUUCUAGGCGAGGACAGCAUCAUCAUACACCACCAACAGAUAGAGCUCGUCACCAUCAACACCUACGAUCAUGAAACGAAGAAUCUGUUGGAGCACGCCAAGGAUAUCUUCAUCGGAAACGUGAGGAGCCUGGUGAAGGUAGCAAACGCAAAGAGCAGGUCAGGUUUGGACAGUUUCGUGAUAUACAUAAGCGCUGGAAGCUCCCGACCGGUUGGACCAGGUUUGGAUACGGACGAGUCCUACACUCUGGAGCUGAUACCCAAAGGAAAAAUUUUGGAGGGUCGAAUAACCGCGAAGAGUUACUUCGGAGCGAGGCAUGGUUUGGAAACGCUUGGACAGAUGAUCUGGUGGGACGAAACCGCUGGAAGGGAGGGUGCUCUGAGGGUCCUGGCUCGCGCUUCCGUGGAGGAUAAGCCAACGUUUCCCUAUAGAGGACUCCUCGUCGACACUGGCAGGCAGUUUUUCCCCGUCGAACGACUGAAACGAGUGAUCGAUGGAAUGGCUGCCUCAAAGCUGAACACGUUCCAUUGGCACCUCACCGACUCGCAGAGUUUUCCCUUCGACUCGGCUCAGUUCCCCGAAAUGGCCAGAUGGGGCGCCUACAGCGGAGAUCAGAUCUACACGCCCGACGACGUCAAGGAUCUAGCGGAUUACGCGAGGAUCCGCGGCAUCAGGGUGCUGGUGGAGAUCGAUUCUCCUGCCCACGCGGGGGCUGGAUGGCAAUGGGGGACGGAGUACGGAUACGGGGAGCUGGCACUCUGCGUUGAUCAACAGCCAUGGUCGUCGUAUUGCGGCGAGCCGAAUUGCGGCCAGUUGAAUCCCAUCAACGAGCACUCCUACAGAAUAUUGGAGGGGCUGUACAGGGAGCUGCUGGACCUGACCGAGAUCCGCGAUAUCGUGCACCUUGGCGGCGACGAGGUGAACCUGGACUGCUGGGCACAGUACGGGAACAUAACGGCAGCGAUGCAGGCGCAGAACAUGACGGAUCACCACGCCAUGUGGGCUGAAUUCGAGACCAAAAUGCUGCAGAGGCUGGUCAAGGCCAAUCGCGACGAGACGCCAAAGGCCGUGAUCCUGUGGAGUUCUCCAUUGACGAAGAGGCCUUACAUAACGAUGUACUUCGAUCCUAAGGUCCACGUGAUUCAAUCCUGGGGCGGAAGUAACUGGCCAGAAACGACGGAUCUUCUGGACGAUGGAUUCAGGGUGAUCUUGUCGCACGUGGACGCUUGGUACUUGGACUGCGGUUUUGGGAGAUGGAGGGAAACCGGGGAAGCCGCCUGCGGCGAGUACCGUACCUGGCAGACGGUCUACAAUCAUCGUCCCUGGAGGGAUUACCCUCAGCAGCAUCUGAAUCUAGUUCUCGGCGGGGAGGCAGCGAUCUGGAGCGAGCAGACCGGUGACGCGUCUCUAGGACCUCGACUAUGGCCUAGGGCGUCAGCUCUCGCCGAAAGAUUAUGGAGCGACAUGCCAACCAACGGCUACUCCACGGACGAAAACGUGUACACUAGGCUAGCCGCUCACAUGGAGCUUCUCGCGAGUCGGGGAUUGAAGACGGAGGCUAUGUGGCCCCAGUGGUGUUCUCAGAAUCCCGGGAAAUGUCUCUGACCAUUCGUUAGCUCGAAACUGAUCGCUGAAUCGUUCAAUUCGAAUUAUAGUUGCGAUGGUCUCUUGGAAGGGAAACGUUGCAAGAAGCGAUUCCGUUCGCCAUCUUCGGAUCACCUGGCGCGAUUGGAUACCGUCUCCGUGCCACUCUGUAACAUCCAUGACGGCAGAAGCUCGUCGCGUGUCGCGAUCGUGUCGAGCGCGAUGUUACCGAGCCACCGAAUAUCGGUAGUUCCCCGAUAACGUUUCUGUAAUUUCGAAUAACAAGUAAUCGUUCGUGUACCGGUAGGGCUGUCAAUGGUGCAACGUCGAUCCAGCAAACGUUGAUUACGUGGGAAACGUAAGACGACCUAGAGACGUGGAGAAAUAAAUAAUACUCCUGAGAACGUGUCUAGGCGACACGAUAGAGCACCGAUCAACAGUCGAUAGACUAAAUUCCUUGAGAACUCGCGUUGAGUGCGUGGCACGAAGGGUUGGGUUAGAAAGGAGAUGUAGUUUAGUGGAGAUUUACUUAACGAAGAGAGAAGGGAAGGAACUUUUCGAGCGUUUCUCUGGUUUGCCAAAGAAUCACAGGCACGAUACAGUCAUCUUUCUUGUUUUCAUGGAAAAGGGCGCGGACUACUCGAUACUCCUGAUCGUAUGGGAUGCAUGACAUAAAAUACUAUGGUAAAUUAACGUCAAUUUCGAGAAUUCACGAGCGCGGGUCUCGCGUAAACGCUCUGUUGUAGCUCGAUGCCAUACUUUUCGUUCGAAGUGCCUUUCCAAUUGUAAUCUACUCGUGGCGCGUGAUGCUGCAUCGUUUUUGUUGCACGAUUCAAACGUAAACAUCGUGCCCGUUCCUAAGUGUCUUGGAUACCGAGAGUAUCAUCGUCCCUCACAGGUUCGGUAUUUAGGACAAAAAUUGGACAGCGUCCAUAUAGCAGGUGCCUCGGCUAACGACACCUCUUUGAAUAUCUUUUUAACCCAAAUUUCAUUUAAAACAAUCCCCACAAAUAACAAUGUCUUCAUAUUCCAAGCCUCGCAAUACCACUGAGCCUUCAAGCACGAGAAUAAACUCGAUCCUAAUUCCUGUUAAUAAACUUGCUUGAACUCUACAAUUCACAACAAUAGGAAAAUCAUUUAACGAAUGAACUCAUCCCACAGAUACCAGUCUAAUAAAGUAUAAAUAAAGAUGCUCAAAGCGGUGACGUCACGUGAGACACCCUGUACAAACCCUAAACUGCGAAGACAUUUAACAAAAGAGCAUAAUUCUUCACCUCGAUUCCUCUGGUAUUCGUCUCGUCAGAGAACAAGCAUACCAUCUCGUCGGACGACACCGAAAAUAGAAAAUGGAGCCAUUCGCGCAAGCUUCUUUGUUUAAACUGCCAAGUCUAGAUUCUACGUAGAAUUCAUUAAAGAUUCGGAGAAGAGCGAUGUCGUUUGCAUUAGGUAGUUUACGCUAGCGAAUCGAUGAUUCAUUGGUCACUCAUGUUCAUUAAAACAAUACAGGUGUUUCGAUAUUGGCGAGAUUUGUUUCAACAAUCAUUCGAACAAGUCGCACGAAUGGCUACUAUUUCUUAUUGUUUGCCAAUAUUGAAUCCAUUGCUGAAGCAAGGUUCGCCAUUGAGGAAACAUUACCAACGGGUGCGGGAGUUUUAUGAAAGGAUUUUAAGAACAGAGAAGAUAGGAAUAUGAGAUUCUCACUUUGCUUUUUGCACCUAGAGAGGUACAAAAUAGGCGUGGAUUGGAAACUACAGGGAACUUUAUUUGAUAUACGUUGCGUUCACAUAAAUUCAUUUUAAAGCGAUACAUGAUUGUAAAAAGUUUUAUCGACAUGCAGGUAACACUAUCAAAAUUUGCGAAUAAAAACGUUGUACGUUCAUUUGUUACAAAACGUCAUAAUGUUUCUAAUGUGAAGAUAUGCCGCAAGUAUUGUAACACGAGCUUCGAAGUGUGCCUGCAGCUGUCAGUAGUGGCCAUUAAUCAGAACCUUGGUGUCUCGUAUUACCACCCUACCCUCGCAUUCCUACCUUCUCUACUUUACGCGUCAUUUUCGCUCUCAUUUCUACUCGUAGUUGACAGGAGACACUGUUAGAGCAUUUAUAGGACAAAUUUCGAGAGGCGUUGUCGCGGAUCGGUUAAAUCCAGCGUCGAUCGUCCGUUUGGAAUCGCGCUUGGUGUCCUUUAUAUGCAGGUUUCGAGCAGCGUUGGGCAAAAUGCAUGAUUAUGAUUACCGAGUAAUCAGUGAACGUUGAAUAAUAAAAAUUGUAACGAUGUUAGUUCUUCUGUCGUAUCGUAGAUAACGUGUCAGAGGGAAUUUGAAAUCUUCGAAACAGUAAAAAGAGAAAAAGAAACAGUUUUGUGAGACUGUUUCCUUUAUCGUUUUGAAAAUCUCAGAAUAUCAAUCGGUGAACGUGAUUAAUGAUCGAUCAGUUUACCGAUUUAUGAUUGCAGACUGUACGUGUACUUUACGAUUAUCGAUUAAUCUAACUGUGGGUGAUUAUUGGAACAGUAAUCACAAAGUAAUCACUGCCCAACUCUGGUGUCAAGGGAGGGAAACGUUCUUCUUAUAAUUGGAAUGGAGUUUUCCCUUUGCUACACAAAAUACCAUACGGCCUAUCGCGACAAAAGCCGAGGAGAUUUGUAAAUACGCGACUCACUUUUAUGUAGGGAGCGAUGGCGCCCAGAAACGAAAGAAAACACGUAGCUAAAUAAUUGAACGGGAGCGUAGAUUGCGAGAGAAACGACGAAUCGUCCUGUACUUACUGACACUUACCGACAUCGAUGGCUGUAAAAAAAAGAAGUGAUUUUUAAGCUCGACCCAUUGGAUCCGCAAAAUCAUCCGAUGCGUUUCGUUGUGGCUUGGCCAACGUUUGACCGCGUAUAGAGAUGUGCGAGAUUUUGAAUGGUGAACCGAUACAAUUACGAGAAUUACUGCCGAGAAACGCGUCGACUUCGACUGCGCGCGGAUGAUUUCUCGAAUCGAUCCACGAGGAACAAUCUGUUGUAUAGCGUGGUUGGUGUAAGUUUAACAUAAAACGAAUUUUGAAUACA